AUGAAAACACCAGAACACCGCAGGGCGCGCCUUUGGCUUGAUUGUUCUACGGACAACCUGCGCAGUAGCGAGAAUUCAGACAAGGAUCAAUCGCGAUCCCAGCCGAAGCCAUUAGAUCAAAAGCAAGAACGUCGACCUUGGGCCCAUCCAGGAAGAUCUGGUCGUACGCGGAACGAUUGCGAGGAUGGGUCAAACGAAGACUACACGCUUCCCAAUGACUAUGAAAACCUUGACGAAAUAACAGCGCCGUCUCCGAUCGGGAGCCCCCAGGAAGAGCGCAAACAGGGGUACCUAGAAGACCGCAAUGCGAGCUCAUCAUCAAAUGAUCAUCUCAACGAGAUAGCCGCGCCAUCGCCCAUUGAGGGUUCUCAGGAUAAGCGUGAACAAGGAUACUUAGAAGACCGCUCGCCUUCAACAGACGAGAAAGCAAAAAAGGACGACGUCUCUCCACGGCGUCAACGGGCCUCCAAACUCGCGACUGAGAUCUAUACGAUAUCAUACCUCAUUCUUUUCUCCAUUCUGGGGACACUUUCUCGACUUGGUCUUCAGGCAUUGACUUUCUACCCCGGAGCUCCCGUUCAAAUAGGUCUACUAUGGGCUAAUGUCGGUGGUAGCUUGAUCAUGGGCUUCCUCUCCGAAGACCGCAAGCUCUUUCGCGUAGAAUUGGGCCCUCCAUCUUCACCGAAGCAAGCUAAAGGCCAUGACGAAGAGAAAGGCAAACCGUUGGACCGGAGCCCUUCCGCAGCCCAGAGGCAGGCUGCACUCAAGAAGACUAUGCCCCUCUACAUCGGCCUAGCUACCGGCUUCUGCGGAUCCUUCACCUCAUUCUCUUCUUUCAUGCGUGACUGCUUCUUCGCACUUUCAAACGCCUUGCAGGUUCCCAUCUCACACCCCUCAACUGCCCCUAUAUCGGAGACUUUGAACGUCCACCGUAAUCCCGGCUAUAGCUUUAUGGCAUUGCUUGCGAUCCUGAUCAUCACGAUUGGCUUGAGUCUAGGCGCACUUCAAUUGGGCGCGCACCUUGCCCUCGGUCUCGAACCGUUCACCCCGUCAAUUCCAAACUUCUUCGGGCUCGUUCUGCUUGCCGUGGGCUGCUGGUUUGGCGCUAUAUUCAUGGCCAUCUGGCCCCCUGAUCGACCUGGUGGGCCUGUGGGCAACGCGUCUUGGGCGCAGGAAACAUGGCGCAGCCAGGCUCUGUUUGCCUUGGUUUUUGCGCCAUUGGGAUGUCUCCUCCGCUUCUACGCAUCCUUGCAUCUGAACGGGAAGAUCAAGUCUUUUCCUCUCGGCACGUUCGCUGUCAACAUUUUCGGCACCAUGAUGGAAGCCAUAUUCCUCGAUCUUCAGCGUGUGCCAGUGGGAGGUAUGGUAGGCUGCCAGGUCCUGCAAGGAAUGUCUGAUGGCUUCUGUGGUUGUUUGACAACAGUCAGUACGUGGGUGGCUGAACUGAAGGGGUUGAGAUUAAGGCAUGCCUACUUCUACGGCGCGAUGAGUGUGGGGGUAGCAUUGGCGUUGAUGAUCAUCAUUAUGGGAAGUCUACAGUGGACAGAAGGGUUCCACCGUGUCCUGUGUAUAACUUAA